CCGAGUCGAGCCGUCUGCUGAAAGGAUCAAACCCCAAACAAGGCUUCUACUUUUCACCUUAUCAUUUGCAAACAAGCGCCACUUUUUAAAGGAAUUCACCCUUAAGGCACCAGCUAAUCAUGGACAUCCAAACGUGGUAGGGUCUUUGUGACUUGAGGUGUGGCAGCAAGGCUGCUCCCUGAUUCCCCCCGGUGCUCCCCUGCCCCCCGCCCUCCUGGACAGCCCCGAAAUGACCACAGGGGAGUGUUGCCACCUCCCAGGCUCCCUGUGCGACUGCACUGGCAACGCUGCCCUGUCCAAAACCGUGGAGGAGGCUGACAACCGCCGGGCCCAGUACGUCACCCAGGUCACGGCUAAAGACGGACGUCUACUAUCUACUGUUAUCAAAGCCCUGGGCACCCAGAGCGAUCGGCCGAUUUGUCGGAUCUGCCACGAGGGUCAAGACGUGUGCAACAGCGAGGGGCUUCUCUCCCCAUGCGACUGCACCGGCACAUUGGGCACGGUCCACAAGAGCUGCCUGGAGAAGUGGCUGUCCUCCUCUAACACCAGCUACUGUGAGCUGUGCCACACUGAGUUUACCAUAGAGCGCCGGCCCCGGCCCCUCACAGAGGUAACAAAGUGGCUCAGGGACCCUGGCCCCCGGAAUGAGAAGCGCACCCUCUUCUGUGACAUGGUGUGCUUCCUGUUUAUAACGCCCCUGGCAGCCAUCUCAGGCUGGCUGUGUCUCCGGGGUGCACAGGACCACCUGCACUUCAACAGUCGCCUGGAGGCAGUCGGCCUCAUCGCUCUGACCAUCGCUCUCUUCACCAUCUACGUCCUCUGGACACUGGUCUCAUUCCGCUACCACUGUCAGUUGUACUCGGAGUGGAGACGAACCAAUCAGAAAGUCCGCUUGCUCAUUCCUGACACCAAGGGAGCACACUCUACCCAGCAUUCCUUGCUUUCCACAAAGCUGCUGAAAAAGACGGCAGAUGAGACCAUAGUAUGAGAGACGUGGUGUGGGGCCCGAUCGCGGUGGUAUUAGCGUGCUACAGGUUCUUGACACAGCGUCGUCAACUAGAGCUGCGCCAUUUUGGAUGCAUUCUUUUCUAUUUAAUCCUUUUUAUCUAAAUAUGUGAGCACUUCAUUUGUUGGAUUUUUUUCACAAGUCUCUUUUAUUGUUUUUUUCGAGCCUUUAUAAGUGUGUUGUUUUAUUUAUUUGGGGCUUGUACAGCCAGGCUGAGGCCCCAUACUGUUCAGUAUGCAUUGUAUUUGAAACAAUCGGAAAUCUAACGUAUGUGUAUAGACGAUUCCUUUGAGCACAGCGGCGAGGGAUUAUGACUCAAGUACGUAUGGCUGCUGAAGCUUAAAACCAAACCUUUCUUUCAUUUUCAAUGUAUCGUUUUUCUACUCAUCUACCUUCAAGUACUUUCCAUCUUAACCUGACGGAGUUCCGCCUAAGCGAACUUAGUCCUUGUGGCUCCUAAACGAUUUAGUCAAUAUAUAAAUGUAUACACACUUAGUGAAACAAGUAAGCUCUAAGCUUCGAUCGGCAUGGGUAUUACAGGGCCAUUUGCCCGGGAAAUGAAUGUGGAGGCUGAUGUAUAUCUGCAGAUGCUCAAACUCAUCCGAAGGUUGGCAAAAAAAAGAGAGUGCAAUAACACGCUGCCAUUGGCAUGAUUCUGCUGUGAACACACGCAGGUUUUCAUGCAUGCCUAGUUCAUUUCGUAAAUCUCAUCAAAUUGGUGACUGUUCGUGAGUUUCAAUUUUGUAUACAGAUCAAAGGCUGUUUUUCCGAACAACGUAAAACAGCAUGCGGUGGUUUUAAAGUCGUAGCACUUUCUGACAACGUAGCCUAGAUGUGAGCUGAACAAAUGUAGAUAUGUGUACGCUUUUGGGAUGCUAAUAUGUCGCAACUUUAUAUGUUAUUGUUGAGUUGUGAUAAGUGCAGAUGCAACCACCUCUACGGUUCAUUGUUCAGUCAUUUUCAGAAUCCGUUUUUCCUUCGUUUUUUUAGGCGAGUGUUUAAAGUUGAAUGUGUAUGUGUGUUUACGGUAUGCAUUUUAUAAGCUCUGGCUCUUUGUGUUGUUUAGUUAGCAUCAAAAGCCUGAAGUUGAGGAUGGCAUACUUGGGGUUUUGUAGCAGUUUACUUUGUGAAAGAUGCAGGUCAAGCCACAGAGGAAGAAGUAAUUGUAAAGAUAAACGUCAUUGCCAGACCAGUAACGAAACCGUUCAUGAAUGACACUACAGUAUUUAAGCAAAGGUGUCUUUUACCUGUGAGUCCUAUAUUGGUGAAAGAAAAUUCUGCAGAACACCAACCAACACAAGGGGUAGGCAGUAUCGUAAUAAUUGCACAUUUGCCACUCUUAAUGUGGACCCUUUUGCGCCUUAUGCACUCGCUGUGGAAGAUCUAGGUCUAGGAAAGAUUUGCGCAAAAGUUUGCCGGUAAAGUUCACUGAGGGCAUUGUUCACCUGAUGAUGAAAAUGUUGUUAUUUAUUCACCCUAAUGUCACUUCAAAUUUUAAUGCUGUUAUUUUAAUCAUAGAACAAUUUUGGUGAAUCAUUUCUGUAACGUGUACAAUGAUAAUUUGUAGUGACCUUAUCUGUCAAGCUUCAAGAUUUCAAUGAAAGUGGUUCAUAUGAAAUGUGCCCUUUUACAAAUUCAUACAAUAGUUUUGUGCAAGAACCAGAAAGAAAUACAAGGGAUAAUCUUCUCCAAAGCUCACUUAUGUUCAGAUUCUGUAAUGAUUGAUGGCCACGCAUUGUUUAUUCUUGAAAGACUAAGUGAAUCUCCACUUAAAAUUUGACUUCGUAUGAGUUCAGUUGGAAUAUAGGGCGCAAGCCGUAUAGACCACAUGGACUAUUUUUUAAUUUUCUAGAAAAGAUCUUUGUGAAAAUUCUUCAGAUCUUAAUGGAAGCUUGGUUCCAGAAUGGGAUUCCAACAUUUUACAAAAAAAAUCCAUUUAUAUCUCACAAUUCAGUUUUUUUUUUUACAAUACCAGCAGUACUUAAUAAACAGUAUUACUUUUUUCAGUUCAGUUUACAGUUCAGUUCAAUGCAGUUCAAUUAUCUGGCAUUGUUAAAAAAUGUUAUAUACCUUGUACAUUUUGUUUACCAUACAUCACUUUCUAACCACUUUGGCAAUUCGGAGGAAUUCGGAAUCGUGAGAUAUAAUUAGCAAAUCUGAGAAGAAAGUGUGAACCCAAUUACGUGGAAAAAAGAAGCUAAAAUUGUGAGAAAGUUGCAGUCUUUUUUUUUUAUUUUAUAUUCUGUAGCAGAAAAUAAAACAUAAUUGCAAGACUCUGAAUUCAGAAUUCUGAGGGGAAUCAUUUAAAUUACGAGAUGUAAAUCUAACAAGAGUCAGAAUUAUGAGAUAUUAUCAUUGUUAGAAAUAAGUCAGAAUUGUGUGAUUUUGUUUUAAUCGCAUAAUGGGUAAAAAAAAAAAAAGAGAGAAAAAAGUCAAAAUGACGGUGAAUAAUUAAUGAAGUAAUUUUAUUUUUGGCUGAUUGUUCUUUUAAGGCUAAUAAUAUAAAUAGGUCCAUGAAUUAUUUUAUUGUAAAUUCAAAUGUGUCUCAAUUGUAAAUGUGUAGAUAAAUUGAUGUCUCUGUUGUUCAGAAGUGUUGUGUGCUGUAGGUCCAGGGUUCUGUAUGUGUGUGUGUGGAGCAGACAGGCCCACGAAUGUCUGGAUUAUUUGCUGAAGGACGCAGCUGAUCAGCCUGCGCUUAAAAUGCUUGUAGUUCACGCGCCACAAACGAGCGAGUUUGAAACCAAAAGGUGCUUCUGUAUAUUUGGACAUUCAAACAUGCAAAAGGUUUUACCCUCAAAUUCAUUGCACCACCCAUCUCCCAUCUGCUAAUUUCACAUUGGAGAAUGGGAGAGAAAAAAAAAAAAAGGUUUUCCUCUCUAAAUGGAUUCUUUAUUUUAAGGGGAGAAAAUUUGUGCAAUACACUAAAUAUGAUGGCAUUAUAUAACAAUAAUUAUUUUGAUAUUUUUGUAGAGUUUUAGGAAUAAUCCAUCAUCAUCAUCAUAAUCAUCAUCUUUCCCACUGCUCAGUGUUUUUCCGGAAAGAAGUUGCUGAUUUGAACCAUUAUUUCAAACCACUAGUGGUGUUGGAUCACCAACAACAGGCAACUUUACCAGCUUAAUGCUAACUUGAGGAAUGCUGUCUCGUUGUUGUGCUUCCACCUGCUUUCUUCACUUUUUGGGCCAUUCCUUGGUUAUUUUGCAACGUAGGUGUAAUACAUUGAGUGCAAUUUCAAAAAUACUACAAUGCAAUUCUUACCUAUAACCUUAACAAUACAUGUAUGAUAUAUACAUAGAUGUAGAUGUUGUUGCAUAUGAAGGACUUUAUGAGUGGGACAAUGUUGAACUCAUGAUUCUGUUUAUUAUUAUUUUUUUUUACUUGCAGUGGAUGCCAGUGAGCUGGCCACAAUAUGCAACACUGCAAAAGCAGUUCAGCAGCUCAAUGAUGAUGUUAAUAAACACCUCCGAAACCUC